AUGGGUGCUCAGCAUUUCUCUACAUUGUUUCGACCAGCCAUAGGCAGAAUCCUCGGCGACAUACCUAUCAAACCCGCCUCCCUGCGAUCUCUGUCAACCACUGCAAAUUUAGUGACAAAAGAAACUUCACAUAAUGCCCCCCGCCAGCAACCGAACAUUAUGCUUGAGGACGAAGGCGCCUUCGGCUUCGUCCGGCACAACACUCGCCCGCCAAAGCCCCGGCAGGUCGGAGUCACCGAGGUCAGGGGCCCAUACUACUCCACUAUGGGGAAGCGGUACCUCCAGGACAUCCUCGAGACAAUGGGCCAUCACAUAGAUGGCCUCAAAUUCGCAGGCGGGUCCUUCUCCUUGUUCCCCGAGGAAAGGCUCCGCGAGCUCAUUGAUCUCGCACACGAGCAUGGUGUCUACGUCUCUACAGGCGGCUGGAUCGAGCAUGUGCUUCUCCAAUCCGACCCUUCAACGGCUAUCCCGCGUUACCUCGCCAAGUGCAAAGCCCUCAACUUUGAUGUCAUCGAAAUAUCCUCAGGAUUCCUCUCCCUCCCACCCGAUGACUGGCUCCGCUUGGUUCACUCUGUCCACGACGCUGGGCUGACCGCCAAACCCGAGAUAGGCAUCCAAUUCGGCGCCGGCGGUGAUACGGACGCCGCCGAACUCGAAGCUUUAGGGGGGACGUCGGACCCGAACAAGAUUAUCAACUUGGGACGGCGGUUUAUUGAGGAGGCAGGGGUCGAAAGAAUUAUGAUUGAGAGCGAGGGUAUUACGGAGAAUGUGAGGGGGUGGAGGACGGACGUGAUUCAGGCCAUUCUUGGUGGUUUGCCCAAGGAGAGGGUCAUGUUCGAGGCGGCGGAUCCCAAGGUAUUCAAUUGGUAUGUGCGGGAGUUUGGUGCGGAUGUGAACUUAUUCGUGGACCAUUCACAGAUUGUGCAGCUCAGCUGCUUAAGGCAAGGAAUUUGGGGGAUGGGGGAUACAUUCGGUAAGGUGGUUACCUUUCGGUAG